AUGAUGAACGCAGACGCCCAGCUCGAAGAAAUCCUCCAGGCAAAUGGAGAAGGCCAUCUGUACGAACAGACCCUGCAACUUGGUCACCCGCCCGUGGUGUUCGGCUGGCAGCAAGUGGACAAGUUCGUGCUAGCUGUCGAAACCGCUCGAGCCGAGGCUGAGAGUGGAAAUCCACUGCCGCCCGACCCCCUUCGGCUGCCCACUGUGGUGACAGUGCAGAAAUUCAAGGAAGCCGUGCUCAACUAUCUCAAGCCCCAAGAAGCUAGCGGUCUCCUCGGCACUUCGUGUAUCCUGUGUUCGUUGCCCGAGUCGGUAACGGUGGGCUACAAACUUUUCGCUCUCGAUGAAGACCCGUGGAUCCGGAGACUUGCUGUUGAAGAGCCGAAAAUGCUUCCGAUCGCGCGUGUGUAUAUGCCCCGAGGUCUUCGCUCAAGCGCUCUCGAUCAAGUGACGCCGCACCAGCUGAGUAGCUUGUGGGGCUAA